AUGUAUGACACACUACCUCAAAUUCUUGAAUAUCAGCCUCCACUCAGUUUAUUAAAAUCAUUUGGAUCAAGCUGGCCUGCAACCCAACUGAUUCAUAAGCUACGUCAGAAUAUUUCCCAAUUCUAUAAUUAUUACAAGACAAAUCGUAGAGACAAAACUAAUAGUCCUUUGUUCCUUGCUCUUGGUGGUGCAGGAAUUGGUAAAUCAAGACUAUUAACUGAACUUCCAAGAAUAGCUCAAUCUGCAGUUACAAAUUUAUAUGUAAAACAUCAAUUAGAUAAUUGCAUUAUAUUCAAUGUUAGCUUUGAAAGUGGCACAAUUUAUGAUGGAAAUUGUGAAAAGAUUGCUUUGCAAGCUAUAGGUAUUCAGAUGUUAUGGCAAUUAUUAAGACAACACGAAUCAGUAUUAGACUUUAAUCAGUUCCGACAAAAUCCUGCACAUCAUCUUUCGGUCUCAGAUGUUUUGAGUCGAAUAUCUUAUAAAGGACAUUGCCUCUCAACAAUUGCUUCAAUGGUAAUAGGUCAUCCAGCUUUUAUCAUUGCAUGUUGUUCAGCUACCAUUGUAGAACCAAUAGUUGAUGUUCUUGCCAAGUCCCAACAAUUGCGUGUUUUACUUCCUUUCCAUGUCCUUGACCCUCCUCAACGUGAUGGAAAAAACAUAUUUAACAUAGAGCAUCCCUUGAUUAGAAUAUUAGUUGAAGAUAUGGGUGGUAAUGGUCGCGCGCUUGAAGCAUUAGAAAUACAUAUUCCCGCUGACAUUGAUAACUGUUAUAUUGGGAAACUUAUGCAUAAUAUAAUCUCUGAUAUUGCACAAUUAUAUUCUGAUGUACUUGAUAAUUCAUCUCAUUUAUGGGGCAAUUUUGAAAGCAAUUUUGGGACAUAUUCCAAUACGCAAAAAUGA